AUGGGCGUUGCGCGUCCCGCCCCCUCCCUCUCCAUCUCCCGGACAUGUGAGGUGUCCAUGGCACUCGCACCCUCGAUGGCCCCCACAAGUUGUGCAAUGCAACGUUGUCCCAGUUCAUAUGGCGUCGACGGUAACCCGUACGCCAAUCACCAACUUGCGACUACGCCACCAUGUACCCCACUGAGCCGUACCCCAUUAGGUGCACUUCCCACAAACGUCGCAGCGCAGAAGCUAAUUCGGAAUGCCACCCCGUCCCAGCCACGGCCAUGUAUUGCGCCUACAGAUCUCGUGUAG